UUGAAGGAGACGGAAACGCACGAGCGAGCAGCGCGUCACAUGAACCGGGAAACACUCGUUGAUCCAGCGGCUCCAGAGGCUUCACCUACCCGGCUCAAGGCUCCUCGUCCCCGGGUUCUAUCGGUUCUUCUAUCCGGGCUACAGCUGCUCUUCUCCCAAGGCUUCAGGCUCCACUUCGCGGGCUCAAGCGGCUCCUCGCCCCGGGUUCUACCGGCUCCUCUCCUCGGGCUCCAGGCUUCUCUUCCCCGGACUCCAGCUGCUCUCUCCCCGGGCUCCAGGCUUCACUUCCCCGGGCUCAGCCGCUCUCCAGCGGCAGCAGGACGUUAGCAUGAUGGCGGUGCUGGGCAGCGCCGGUCGCUUCCUCCACAUUGUCAGGAGCAGCGUCGGUCUGAGUGUGAGGAGCCGCUCCAGCGCUGCUGCGUUAGCACAGGCUGCAACCCCAGAGACAGUGGAGAACAGGAAACCGAAGACGGGCAUCCUGAUGCUGAACAUGGGAGGACCCGAGAAACUGGAAGACGUCCACGACUUCCUGCUGCGACUCUUCUCAGACACGGACCUGAUGAAACUCCCUGUGCAGAGUACACUCGGUCCGCUCAUCGCCAAGCGCCGCACGCCAAAGAUCCAGGAGCAGUACAGUAGGAUCGGAGGAGGCUCGCCCAUCAAACACUGGACCUCCAUGCAGGGGGAGGGGAUGGUGAAGCUGCUGGACGAGAUGAGCCCAGAGUCGGCUCCUCACAAGUUCUACAUCGGGUUCCGGUACGUUCACCCGCUGACGGAGGAGGCCAUCGAGGAGAUGGAGAAGGACGGAGUGGAGAGAGCAGUGGCCUUCACACAGUAUCCUCAGUACAGCUGCUCCACCACAGGAAGCAGUCUGAACGCCAUCUACCGUUACUACAGCAACAGAGGGGACAGACCCAAGAUGCGCUGGAGUGUCAUCGACCGCUGGCCCACACACCCACUGCUGGUGGAGUGUUUUGCAGAACACGUCAGUAACGAGCUGCUGAAGUUUCCAGAAGAGAAGAGAGACGACGUGGUGAUUCUGUUCUCGGCUCACUCGCUGCCCAUGGCUGUCGUAAACAGAGGUGACCCGUAUCCUCAGGAAGUGGGAGCCACAGUUCAGAGAGUCAUGGAGAGACUGGGACACUGUAACCCGUACAGACUGGUGUGGCAGUCCAGAGUGGGACCGAUGGCGUGGCUCGGCCCUCAGACCGACGACGUGAUCAAAGGUCUGUGUGAACGGGGAAAGAAGAACAUCCUGCUGGUUCCCAUCGCCUUCACGUCCGACCACAUCGAGACGUUACACGAGCUGGACAUCGAGUAUGGACAGGUGCUGGGGGAGGAGUGCGGUGUGGAGAACAUCAGGAGAGCGGAGUCGUUGAACGGGAAUCCUAUCUUCAUGAGGGCGCUGGCUGACCUGGUCCAGUCCCACCUGAAGUCCAACGAGCCGUGUUCCCGUCAGCUGACCCUGCGCUGCCCGCUGUGCGUCAACCCCACCUGUGGAGAGACCAAGGCCUUCUUCGCCAGCCAGAAACUCUCAUAGAAACACACACACACACACACACACACUGACGUGCAGCAGGGACACCUGUGAACAUCAGGCCUUCGACAAACAGGAGCUUCUCUCGUGUCUCUGCAGCAGGAGUCCGUGGGAAAAUGUGAAGAACAGAACAAAUAGUUUCUGCAAAUACGUUGAGACGUUAGUUGUUGUAGCUGCAGGUUGGAGGAGAGCAGCCGUCGGCUCUUAUCUCGAUGGUUCAACAGAUUCAAGCAACUGAAUUUAGGUUAUUUUAAGUUUGAGUGCAGGACUUAUUAUUAGAUUAACUAAAACUCUGCACUUAAAUAUGUUGUUGUUGCUCCAGCUUCAGCUCUUCUGCUUGAGCUCCUCUAGUCUCCUCGUCCCCAACCGCUAAAAUGCACAUUGUGGUGAUGAAGAAAUUAAAUUGUCCCGCCUGAUUGUUGUCAGUGCGGUACCUUCACUUCAAUGGGGAAGAAAGUCUAGAAGAGAAGAGCUAAAGCUGGAGGAAAUCGAUCCAGGUAAAUGAGUGUAAGCGCAGGGUGUUGAGUGAAAGCAUUAAUAAGUCCUGUUCUCAAACUGAAAGAACACGCUCGAUAAUAAAGAAACGUUUAAAUUGAAAUGAUAGUAAGAGAAACUGUGGGGAUUUGCAGAAACUAUUAGUCGAGCGUUAGCUUCGAGAGACGAACUGUCGCUCUCCAGAAACUGUUCAUGUCUCACCUCAGCUACAUCGAAACAGGCUUUGCACUACUUUAUUUUUUAACGUUUCGUGGCUAACAUUCCGUUCACACACCCCCUGCAAACCUCUAUCAGAGACCCUGUUUCACUUCCCUCUGGUGCUCAAUCAAUCGCACAUGGGAUCUGGUUGGUUGGCCGUUCCUCUUCCUCACCAUCUCAGCUUCACGUCACCGGCCCUCGUGCUACUAACCCCGCCCAUCCUGCUGAAAUCCUUGCAAUGUGAUUGGUGGAGGUGGGUGGUGCUCGACUGCUUCUGCCGACUUAAAAUAAUUCAUGAGAUUUUUCCUGUUCCUGUCACGACGCACAGAUUUAUUCAUGUGAACGUUGGCGUCUGUCACUGUGUCGUUCCUCCUGAAGAGCGCAAACGAGUAAAAAGAGGCCACGCAUUAUUUCUACUAUGAUCAGAGAGAAGCUGUCGGUCAGCUGAGGUUUUACGAUAAAGUGUUUCGUAACGUUGGUUUACUCACAAGGAGAAUUUCACUGCGGAACACAAAUUCAUUAACAUGUUUGUUAAAGUGCUGUUGGAUUUUUUUUCCUGUUUACGCUAAUAAAAGAUCACAUGAUUAAAAGGGAAAUGUUACGUUCAGGCCAGAUGUCAGUGAAACCCGAUCACUAAACUUAGAUGCACAAAGUGGAUUCCAGAGAAGAAGGUAAAUUAAUUGUUGUAUUAAAACAAACUUACCGUCAUCUCUUUAUUUUCAUUUUUCGAGUGCAAGCGGACAGAGAAUCAACCGGUUAUGAAUCUGAAAGUAAAGUCACUGAUGUAAUUAGCAGUGAUGAUGUGUAUCUGUACACGUGAUGAGAAGAAAUGCAAAGGAAUUCUUUAUGAAUGCAACACUGUGCCAGCCCAAAUUAAUCAAUCCCUGUGUGUGUCUGUAGAGGGCGCUGUCGUUGAGUUAAAGUUGCGUGUUGUUGCUUUAAAUGUGAUGACGGUCCCUCACUUUGCAAUUCUCAGGAUUUAAAGUUCAAACUAAUGACCUCAUUGUGUGAUGUCAGUGUCGAUUAUCAGCUUCCUCUUCACGAUGCUCAGAGUCAAGGCUACGAAAUAACGUCGAACGAAAAGUGAGAAAAUCCGAGCAAACAUCCGUAGCUUCCACUCCGAGUAGAACACAAUGUUAUCGUACGAGUAAAGAAACAGACGACUGACUCUCUGUGACGGUGAAAAGGGAAAAUCUUUGUACCGAUGGUCAUGGGUCCUUCAGACGCUCUCCAGUAGGUGGCGCUUCAUGGAAUUCUCAGAUGUCAUGAAAGACACUCGGAGCCUCAAGGCUAAAAUCAAUCACUACUUUCCAUCUCAGACGCUUAUCUAAUACUUAUUGAUAAUGGAAUAGAUGUAUGAUUUAAUAAAGUAUUUAGCUAUAGAGGCUUCGGACGAACAGUUUUCAGUUGUAGGCGUUUAGAUGAAAAAUAAGGUUUUUACCAUUAAAUCACAAAAUAUGUUAGGUUAAAAAAUGUCGUCACUUUCUGCAGGAAAAGCAUAAAAACAUAAACCACAGGGGAGUUAAAUCUGAAAUAAACUUUUUGUUCUCGUCUCGAGUUAGAACUGACGUGUAAGAGUUUAGCUUCAGCGUUGACAGAUUUCCCAGGAUGCAGUCUGUUUGUUGUCAUACCUCCUGAAACUCGGUGCAGUGAAAAAUCUGCUGUUUUUAUUUCAUCGCUGGUCCUUCAGCUCCAGAACAUGUCUCUUAGGUUGCUGGGUUGAUUCCCAAACGCUGCCCCGGCCCCUCGGGACGAGGCUCUGAUAAUGUGUAAACCAUCAAAGUGAAAUCUUCCACUGUUCACGGGGAGUAACUCGACCUCUGACCUUGCCCCCCUAUCUCUUGCUGUUUAAGUUUUCUUACUCCAUGACGAUGUGCCUUUACACUGGCUGAUUAGAAAUACAGGACUUUGUGCUUUAUGUACGUUUCAUAUGUGCUUAACCAAACGCUGCCGGGAGAAAUCCAGCCUGAAGUCUGACUUCACACGUUGCUGCUGGGAUCUGAGUCCAUGGCGGCGCCUCAAAGACCCCAGUGAGUUUUAGAUCCACGCUGGUUUCAUGACUUCUGUGGACAGAAAGAGAAUCCAAGUCUCUCAGGAUGAAGAAGAGGAGCAGUGCUGCCGCUCCACAGGCUCCGCCCCUCCCCUGACUGGUCCCACAUGUUCCUGUCGAGGACCAGUCAGACGCAGACGAGCUCCAGAAACGAUUUCUCCGAUGUGUUCUGGAGCUAAAACCAACAGUUGGUGGUUUUGUUGUUGCUCAAAACCUUCAAACACGAAUCAGUUUGACAAAAGAAAAACAGAAAUAGAAAUUUGUCUCUUCACUGAAACUGUGACAACGGAAGAAGUCCAGUUUGUUGAAGUCAGUUCGGCUGCUUUUUCCUGCACAAACGUGUUUUCUGUAUUAUUUUGAAUUAUUUGGUGUGUGUUUUUGACGACUCUGUUGAGUGUGUAGCUGAGGGUUUGUUGUGGGAAGCUUCUGUCGUGUGUGUGUGUGUAUCAAACAAAGAAGCCUCAGCUCCAGUAUAUUUUGGGUUGUUUGGAUUUAUUUAUUUCCGUUUGUUUUCUUCGAUGUGCACAGAGUGUCUCCUCUGUUCUGUCUCUUUGUUUAUUUGAGAGACAUGAUGCUAACAGUGCGAUGACGUCCAACCAAGAGUCUUCCUGCUUAAUAAAAUAUUAUAAAGACAGAAUGGCUUCUGCUCUG